CUGCCCCUGCUCACAGCCGCGUCCUGCCCGCACGCCCCCGGGGCCCUCGCCCUCUGUGCCGCGAGUGAUGAAGGUUUUUUUCCGGAUCACAUGAGCCAGGAUGAAGGGGGAAAAUCCUGCCAGGAGCAGAGAUGGGCUGCAACUUGAACCCGAUCGAGGGGAGAUACAGAGCAGCACCUCGAGAGCUAUAUAAGAAUGUGCCAGGCGCAGGAGCAAGCAGUUGUUCAGGUGAGGGACUCGCGUGAAUCAGCCAUGCAUGGGAAUGAAGACGCUGUUCCCAGGAGGCUCGGGGGCACCAACAGAAUCUAUUUGUAUUUCAUCAUCGCCACCCUCGUCGCGUUGCUCGUCUUUGCAUUGGCCACCAUCAUGAUCCUGGUGGUUCAGAGGACGGCACCUGAUCCUGCCAUGGAGGGCAUCAAAAAACCCAUCAGGACGGGGAACACCUUUGAAGACUAUUCCAGAAUCCUACAGCGUGUCCCAACCAAGGGAGCUGCUGCCUACAUGAGAGUGGCCAGCCCAGGGAACAGUUCCAAGCUGAGCCUGGUGGAGAAGGGGAUUUGUGAGGACAUCCAGUGCAGGAAUGAAGAGCUGGUGAUAAAGGAAGAAGGUGUCUACCUGAUCUACUGCCACCUGAACUUCCACCUCCCCAACUGUUCCAAAAGCCCCACUGACCUCAAGAUAGAGCUCCUUGUGAACGACAGGGUGGACAGGCAGACGUUGUCCACGUGGUGUGAGUCAGAAAGGUGCCAAGGGAAGGCUUUUAAGACCUUGUUCCAGCUCCACUUGACACACCUGAAGGCGGAGGACCGAAUAUCAGUGGCACUUAAUCACCCUCAGUUCCUGAAUGAAGAUUCCCUUCCCAACGAGAACGUCCUGGGGGUGCUGAUGUACAGCGACCAGAUGUGAGCAGCCCCCUGACUUCCCACCUUGCUCUGAACAUCAGUAGCCUGCUUUUACUAGGCAACACCUUGGUUUUAAAUGUCCUGUCUUACCUCAGCCCCAGGGUGAACAAGGAACUUUGUGAGUGUCCCAGAAAAAAACAACAAAACCAACGAAACAAAACACUGCAAGAGCCACAGCUGGCAAAGGUCCCUGUGCUUUGGAGCCAAGUGGGAUUGUUGGACUAUCCAGAAACAACCCACGGGUGUGCCAAGGGUUCCUCCAACCAAUCUGUGCAAACACAGCUUAAAACUCAACCAGAUUGUGGGGAGAAUAAGCAAUAUGGUGACUUUUAGGGUAGCAGGCUGUUGGCUGUGCUGAGGAGAUGGGGAAUGGAGCAGUAUUUUGACCCGGUCUUUCCAAACAAAACUAGCAGUCAAAGCUUGUAAUUGAGGCUUUCUUUACAAACCACAACUCUGGAGUAGAUUUAUGGAUAGAUUGGAUGACAGCCAAGGUGAUGAAAUCAUUGACUCUUGGGCUGGCAGCUGAAACUCUGGGACAGGACAUAGGAAACAUGGGAUUUACAGGAUAUUUCUGUGCUGUGUUCUGCUAUGGACUUUAUGCAAUUUACUUCAAGUGUCCUCCUUUUCCCUAUUUAUCCAUCUUUCCUAUUUAAAUAUAAAGCUCUUUGGGACAGAGACUUUGUCCAUGCACAGUGCUCAGGCUCUGUUCUCACCUGGGGUUUUUAGACCUUUUCAUACCAAAUAUUAAAGUAACAAUCGGGAUGCAAAUCCAGCAAAUAGCAAAGUUCCUUGUGAUACAUUUUUCUUGAACCCUGCCCUGCCUGUCUGACAGUUCCUGUGUGACCCAGACCACACUGGGCUCUAAACACACCUCCAACACUUGCUGACAAGCCAAGAGUCAGCUUUGAGGUCCAGACUUUCCCAAAUUUGGGACUGGCCUCAGCUGAGAGCUGUGGUGUUUGGCAGCCCAGGGGAUGGAUGGUGCUUGAGCUUUUUUUGGCUUACUGGAAAGUUCAGAAAAUACAGGAUAAAAGAGGACUCCCGGGCUCUCUUAUUCCAUGAAUUGCAGCAACACAUGCACUUAUUUGAAGUUUAAUUCUUACAGUGUGGGGAGGGAAGGGACCAAAGUUUUACCGAAUCUGGUAUCAAUUCACUCAUUCCUCUCUUCCCUUCAUCUCUGAGACUCCACUGAGGUCUGUAUUUACCAUUGUGCAAGUUUUUCCCCUUGCCUGGCUGACAUUUGUUACAUGACUAGAGCUUGGCAAACUCUUCCCGUCAAAACAUUUACUCAUGGAUUUAGUUUUUGGCUUCAGAACCCCGGUGGUUUAUUACUCAGCCUUAGCUGAUGUUGUCGAGUGAUGUAGCUCAGACUGUGUGAACACACUCAGGUUAUUCCUCCUGGUGGUAAUUUGUAACUUGUGUUAUGUCACCAGGAACUGAGGGUGCACAUUAAUGAGGUUUUGUCUCGUCGACCAGGUGACUUCAAAACACACAAGGCACUUUCUAAAGGUCAGGAGUAACUGAUAUGACUCGUUGCUAGAGAUUAUCUACUUUCUGUUUUGAGAAACAGUGAUAAAAAAAAAAAUUCCUUUUGUUAUUAAUGGUUGUGGG